UCCUCUAGUUAGAAACUUCCUUAAAACUACACACAACAUAACAAAUGUAUCCACGAGUCUGACUCUGGGGAUGUAGACAAAAAAAAAAGCUUAAUUUCUAAAAAUCCCGAUUCCCGAAGUAACCCUUUAUUAAGGUUCGGGGUUUUUAGGUAUGAACUUCCCAAACAUCCCAGAUAGCACUGACCAUAGGGGAAAGUACGGCAGCCUAAUGGUGUCUUGGACAUAGAAAGGAACAACAAGGAAGACAAUUACCGGGUUUCAGCCGCAGAAUUUCAACACGUUCAAACCUUUUUCUUUUCAAAUUAAAUCAUUGAAGCAAGCAAGCCAGUACCGCCUUGUGAUAGUAGGCCAACCUGAACAACUGGGCUUGUAUGUGAGUCUGUUCUGUCAACCAUGGCCAACAAUGGGGAGGAUAUCGAGAACAACAUGGUGACUGAGGCUCCAGUACCAACCCAGAACCAGCACCCUGAGCCUGGGGUGACGGGGGUGCGGUCCAGGGGUGGAGGGGGUGGGGCGGAACAGAACGGACAGGCUCCCCCACAACGCACCCCCCAGGUGGUAGAGAGUGAGGAAGACGAAGAUGAGGAGCUGACGCUGAAGUACGGGGCCAAACACGUCAUCAUGCUGUUCGUCCCUGUCACGCUCUGCAUGGUGGUCGUCGUGGCAACCAUCAAGUCCGUCAGCUUCUACACCCAGAACGAUGGACAGAGACUGAUAUACACCCCGUUCCCCGAGGACACAGACACAAUAGGGCAGCGAGCCCUCAACUCAGUCCUCAACGCCACCAUCAUGAUCAGUGUCAUCAUAGUCAUGACCAUGGUUCUGGUGCUGCUAUACAAGUACCGCUGCUACAGGGUGAUCCAAGGCUGGCUGUUCCUCUCCUCUCUACUCCUCCUGUUCUUCUUCUCCUUCAUAUACCUCAAAGAAGUGUUCAAGACGUACAACGUGGCGAUGGACUGGAUCACCUUGGCUGUGAUCGUCUGGAACUUCGGGGUGGUAGGGAUGAUCUGUAUCCACUGGAAGGGGCCUCUCCGUCUGCAGCAGGCCUACCUCAUCAUGAUCUCUGCUCUCAUGGCUCUGGUCUUCAUCAAGUACCUUCCUGAGUGGACUGCCUGGCUCAUCCUGGCCGUUAUAUCUGUCUAUGAUCUGCUAGCAGUGCUCUGCCCCAAAGGUCCUCUACGUAUCCUAGUGGAGACAGCUCAGGAGAGGAACGAACCCAUCUUCCCUGCUCUCAUCUACUCCUCGACCAUGGUGUGGCUGGUCAACAUGGCAGACACUGGCCUCGGACACAGACCAAUGACCAGGAAGAACUCAACAGAGGCCCCCAUCACUCAGGUUGAGAGUCAAUCCCUGGCUCUAGGCCCGGCCCCUCUCAGCCCCCCGGAGGAUGACGGAGGGUUCACCCCUAACUGGAUGGGGCAUCAGGAGCAUCAGCUGGGACCCCUUCAGUCCACAGACGAGACCCGACGGGAGAUCCAACAACUCCCCUCUGCCAGACCACCCGUAAUGGACGAUGAUGACGAGGAGAGGGGAGUGAAGCUGGGUCUAGGAGACUUCAUCUUCUACAGCAUGCUGGUGGGGAAGGCCUCUGCUGCAGCUAGUGGAGACUGGAACACCACCCUGGCCAGCUUCGUAGCCAUACUCAUCGGCCUGUGUUUGACUCUUCUUCUCCUGGCCAUCUUUAAGAAGGCCCUCCCUGCCCUUCCCAUCUCCAUCUUCUUUGGCUUGGUGUUCUACUUCGCUACAGACAACCUGGUCAGACCUUUUAUGGACCAGCUGGCUCUGCACCAGUUCUACAUUUAGCAGGAUGUUCCCCUGCUCUCUCUGCCCCACGGGAGCUGCCAUCAUCAACACCAGGGGUGUAUUCAUUAGUGCACUCCCUCCGUUCCCCUGCUCUCUCCACCCCACGGGAGCUGCAAUCAUCAACACCAGGGGUGUAUUCCUUAGUGCACUCCCUCCGUUCCCCUGCUCUCUCCGCCCCACGGGAGCUGCCAUCAUCAACACCAGGGGUGUAUUCAUUAGUACACUCCCUCCGUUCCCCUGCUCUCUCCACCCCACGGGAGCUGCCAUCAUCAACACCAGGGGUGUAUUCAUUAGUACACAACAUAGCGAAACGUUUUUGCAACGAAAACAUUUUUUUUUUGACUAAAUCCGGUAGGUUCCCUCACCCUUUUUGUCCUGUUUUGCUGUGCCAGAGUUCAACCUCUAACAAGGGGACCAGGGGCAUCUCCAGUCCAGCCCCCUGACUGAAGUUCAGUGGUAGUUUUUGGAUCGGCUUUUUGUUUCUGGGCUUGAUGGGGGUUCAUAACCAUGAUGUCUUUUGAUUUGUUCAUACUUUCCUCGUUUUCCAAAAAGUGAUUGAUACGCCGUCUAAAGGUCACGGUGAGUUUAAGGUGGGUACUGCCACAGAGCUAGGAUGUAGUUGAUGAUUCUGUUGUUGUUGUUUUUUUGGGGAGUCACACACACGACCCAGAAAGGAGGAGAAGAAGAAGCAGCCUCCUGAGAAAAGUACUUCAGAGGGACGUUAACACUCUCACUAACGGGAUGGACUGUCACGUGACAUGAUGAUGUCACCGGUAAAAUGUUUUUUUUGUUUGUUUUGUUGAAUAAUUCUACUUUGAUUGUUGUGCUUCUUGGAAUUGAACUCGUCAAGAGCUUUGCUUUGUCCAUCCAGCUCCUGGUCUGUGUUCCAAACAGCACCCUAUUCCCUGUAUAGUGCACUAGAGUCAAUAGGGCUCUAGUCAAAAGUAGUGCACUAUAUUAGGGGAAAGGGUGCUAUUCAUCCUGAAUUCCAGGAUUCAUUUCCAUGCUUUUGUUGUUUUGUUUUUCUCCCCCCCACUCAGUCAGACAUUCAGACCGUGAAACCACAAAGGCCUGUGAGGUUUUACACAGUGUUGCUGGUCCAACAGGAACGGGAUGGUUUGAAACCAGCUUUGAGUUGUGUCCCCACCACACGGCAUCAUAAAACACCACGGUUUGGUUGACCAUGUUCUGUUCCCUCUCAGAGCGAUGUCUAAAUCUAGACGUGUCGUUAAUUCUAGCCUGAUUCCAGUGUUUGUGUGUGUGUGUGUGGGGGGGGGGGUCAAUUCCGUUUCAAUUCCAGUCAGUUCAGGAAGUAUACCGAAAUUCCAAUGAUCUCCAAUGCUUUUCAAUGAGGACAAUGUGGAAUUGCUCUCUGAUUUGAUUGGGUUUGGAAUGGAAUUGACCCCAACCGUAACGACAGGAAGUGACAGGAAGUUAACACAAUAGCACAAACAUAUCUGGGACCAGGUUAUGUUGAUUGAUCCACACCAGAAUCAUCAGCGUGUCUAACAGUCAGUUUCUCCUCAUGGAAACAAACUAAAUGUUUUUCACGUAGCAUCUUGACAAUACAUUUGACCAGGAGUUUUUCCUCUGUUCUGCUUUCAAGACGAGCAAAAAGUUGAUCAUGGCUGGCAUUUAAACUCUGUUAGGCCAAACUAGUUCUUUAAGGAGGUCUUUUCUUUUCGUGGACACACAUUAGGCUUAGUCCUAGAACUAAAAACACCCAUUUUAAAAUCAUUAUUUUAGUCCAGGGCUUUGCUUAAUCUGUGUGUAGGAGACAGAAAACCUAGUGUUGCUCUCCAAUUUAAACUCUUUGCUGCAGAGUAACCUGCACAUGGAGCAAUGACUUGAGAUUGUUGUUUUUCUUACUUUUGUAAAAGAUUAUGUUGGGCAACUGGCCAUGUGCAUUAUGCAAGGUUGUUCCUUUCAAAUGUUCCGUUUUAAAAUAAAUGAAUCAAGAAUAAAAUACAAA